CUUUUGUGUAUUUAUAUUAUCGAGUCGUGAUGCGUAACGUACCAGUUGUUAACAAUUCGCAAUGCUCCGCGUAUCGUCAAGAAACAGAGUUCCUCAGCUGCAAAUGCUUAGGCAUUUGGUGACGGACUCAAAAUACGGAUUCUUGAAACAGUUGGGUCUCUCUACCGAAAAUCCUGGUCUCUACAAUGGACAAUGGGGAGGAUCCGGCAAGGUUGUAGAAUCAGUUUCACCGAUAACAGGCCAAGUAAUAGCAAAAGUUCGCACAGCAACUUCGAGUGAGACUAGCGAAACUAUCGCGGAGGCACGCAAAGCCUGGACUCAGUGGGCAUCGUUACCAGCCCCCACGCGAGGAGAGAUAGUGAGGCAAAUCGGAGAUGAACUCCGACUGAAUUUAAGGCCACUAGGACAACUGGUGUCCUUGGAAAUGGGAAAGAUAUUGCCGGAGAGCAUAGGAGAAGUUCAAGAAUACAUCGAUAUAUGCGAUUACGCUGUCGGCUUAUCAAGGUCGUUAUCUGGUAGUGUAUUUCCAUCUGAAAGGCAGGAUCACGCGCUUCUAGAAAAAUGGAACCCCCUCGGCGUCGUUGGUAUCAUCUCUGCGUUCAACUCACCUGUCGCGGUAUACGGUUGGAACAGUGCAAUAGCAAUGGUUUGCGGGAACACAAUGGUCUGGAAAGGUGCACCUACCACCCCACUGGUAACUAUUGCAACCACGAAGAUCAUCGCGAAGGUACUGGAGCGAAACAACAUCCCCGGUUCCAUCGUGUCGAUGGUUACUGGAGGGACGGAUAUUGGUGAAACGAUCGUCAAUGAUAGACGAGUACCUCUCGUUUCAUUUACUGGAAGUUGCAGUGCUGGAAAACAAGUGGCACUCAAGGUACAAGAACGAUUCGGCAAAUUCUUAUUGGAAUUAGGAGGCAACAGUGCACUUAUAGUCGCUGAAGAUGCCGAUGUUAAUCUGGCAGUUAAAGCCGCGUUAUUCGCGUGUGUCGGAACAGCUGGUCAGAGAUGUACCAGUACUAGGAGAUUAAUCCUUCACCGUAAAAUAAAGGACGAAUUUUUAGGAAAAUUGAAGACUGCGUACAAGAGUAUUUUGGGAAGGACAGGCAAUCCUUUAAAUGAAACUGUUCUGUUCGGACCAGUGCACAGUCAACGCGCAGUGGACGAAUAUAAGCAAGCAAUUAAUACUGCUGUUAAAAACGGAGGAAAAGUUGAAUUCGGUGGAAAUCAACUGGACAGAGCUGGCUUUUUCGUCGAACCGACGAUUAUUUCUGGUCUCUCGCACGAUAGCGAAAUUGUUCAAAGAGAAACAUUCGCACCGAUCGUAUAUGUUUUCGAAGUAAAUUCCGUGGACGAGGCCAUAGCUCUUAAUAAUAGCGUGCAACAAGGAUUAAGCAGUGCGCUGUUUACUAGAGAUGUAGGAAAUGUCUUUAAGUGGAUCGGGCCUCACGGUUCAGACUGUGGAGUAGUGAAUGUUAACAUCGGAACUAGUGGAGCAGAAAUAGGUGGUGCGUUCGGAGGAGAGAAGGCAACGGGUGGUGGCCGCGAAAGUGGAAGCGAUGCAUGGAAGAAUUACAUGCGGCGCUCAACUAUAACUAUUAAUCACGGAGAUGGACUACCAUUAGCGCAAGGAAUAAAGUUCGAAUGAUCGUUUGACUGCAGAACUAUCUGCGAAUACAAAUUUUUUUACGAAGAAUGAAUAACAGUAAUAAAAACCGAACAAUUCCUUUUACAUCA